GUUCAAUUUUAACCUCGUGGAUGUUUAUUUUAAAAGUCCAAAAAUAACACAGGUAAAGAGAAUUUGAUCCUUUUAGCGUGUUAUUUAUCGAAAAGUUUUGAAAGAUGUUUAAGUACAUGAAAAGUUAAUUUGAGGUCAAAUCUUUAACAUAUAACUUUGAGAAUGGAUCAGAACAAUUGGCCUAAAGAUGUAGGAAUAGUCGCCAUAGAAGUGUAUUUCCCUUCCCAAUAUGUGGACCAGUCGGAACUGGAGACUUUUGAUGGUGCAUCAACAGGAAAAUACACAAUUGGACUUGGACAGUCCAAGAUGGGGUUCUGUUCAGACAGGGAAGAUAUCAACUCACUCUGUCUUACAGUUGUUCAGACCUUAAUUGAAAAGAACAAUAUUUCCUACAAUGACAUUGGACGUCUGGAGGUUGGUACAGAGACCAUUAUUGAUAAAUCUAAAAGUGUUAAAACAGUAUUAAUGCAGUUGUUUGAAACGAGUGGGAAUCAUGACAUUGAAGGCAUAGAUACAACAAAUGCUUGUUUUGGAGGAACUUCAGCUCUUUUUAAUGCUAUCAACUGGAUAGAAUCCAGUUCAUGGGAUGGUCGUUAUGCCAUGGUUGUAGCAGGUGAUAUUGCAGUUUAUGCCACAGGAAAUGCUAGAUGCACAGGUGGUGCUGGUGCAGUAGCUAUGCUUUUGGGACCAAAUGCUCCUCUGGUGUUUCAUAGAGGAGUAAGAAGUAUAUACAUGCAGCAUGCGUAUGAUUUCUACAAACCAGACCUUUCAUCAGAAUAUCCUGUUGUGGACGGGAAGUUAUCUGUACAAUGUUAUGUUAAUGCUUUAGACAAAUGUUAUCAUAUGUAUAAGUCUAAAGCAAAGAAAAUGGGCAUUAGUGACAAUAAAAGUUUAGUGGAUUCCAUUGAUAGUUUUAUAUUUCAUUCUCCAUACUGUAAACUUGUGCAGAAGUCCUUUGCCAGACUGAUGUUAAAUGACUUUUGGGAUGACCCUGAUCCAGAUUUUACAAACAGAUAUUAUGGCCUUGAAAAAUAUAGAGAUGUAACCCCUGAAAACUCUAUAUUUAAUAAAGACUUGGAGAAAGAUUUUAUGUCAUCUAGUCAAGACUUGUUUGAGAAGAAAACAAAACCAUCCUUAUUGCUGGCAAACCAAGUAGGAAACAUGUACACAUCCUCAGUGUAUGGAGGACUGGUGUCCUAUAUUUUAAGUCAUACACUGGAAGAAUUACAAGGAAAGAGGAUUGUUUUAUUUUCAUAUGGAUCUGGUCUAGCAUCAGCCAUGUUUUCUCUUCAUUUUACAAAGGAGGACAAAAUGAUAUCUGCAUUACAACAAUUAAAAGACAAUGUUUCUCAUGUAAAAUCCUAUCUGGAAAAAAGGACAAAAUGUUCACCAGAAACCUUUUCACAGAUGAUGAAAUUGCGAGAAGAAACUCAUAAUUCAGCUCCCUACACACCAGUUCAGUCUACAGACCAUUUGUUCCCUGGUACCUGGUACCUGACAGAAAUAGACAGUAAACACAGGAGAACCUACAAACGUAAACAAACAGUACCUAAUGGUAACAUUUGUGAGGAAGAAACACAAGUAGCCAAAGGCAUAAGAUGACAUAAAGAUCCAUGGCGUUUUAAAGAAAUUCAUGACCUGCUGUGAUAACCAAAAAUGAAUUACAAACAAAUUAUAAUAAAAUACCCUAUGCUUAA